AUGAUUGGAAGACAAUAUGAUACGCCGGAGUUUCCCGAACACAGCUUGCUUCCGCCCAUGAAGCUAAUUGAUCUUGGCGAGGCUUACGAAGCGGGAACGCGUGCAGCCUCGGAAAACAUACACAAAGUAUCAUUGAGAAUUCUCAGCCUCAUAGCAAGGCGUCAAAUCCGCCCUCGCGAAAAGUCCACGUACAAGGAUUACGAGACCCUUGCGACAGAGAUACUGCCGCACGGGAACGGCAAGAUAUACCCAAACCUGGACAAUGAGCUGCGCGACUUGGUUGCCCAAUGUGUAUCUACCGACAGUAAAAAGCGGCCGACUCUGGAAGAAUUGCUCACGGCGACGCAGGACGGCGCCAACAAGGGUACAGAUGCAUACAAGCCGCAUGAUGCCCGAGAAAGCGAUUCUGCGAUACACGAGUUAAUGAAAAAGAUAUUAUAUGAUGCAAAUCCCGAGGAAAGGGACUCAAGCAUACCGAAUGCCGGCCUGGGCGAAGGCGGCGAUGUAGAGGGCAGAGAUUCGCCUGCUGUGGGGAGGAAAAGAAUAUUCAGCAUCGGCAGUUUGUCGGUGGGAUCUUUGCGGAUAUCAAAACGACGCAAGGCGUAG